UUUAGCUGGACUACACCAAUUUUGAAGAAAGGCUACCGACAGCGUUUGGAAUUGUCAGACAUAUAUCAAAUUCCUUCUUCUGAUUCUGCUGACAAUCUAUCUGAGAAGUUGGAAAGAGAAUGGGACAGAGAGCUGGCUUCCAAGAAAAAUCCCAAACUCAUUAAUGCCCUUCGAAGAUGCUUUUUCUGGAAGUUUAUGUUCUAUGGAAUCUUAUUAUACUUAGGGGAAGUGACCAAAGCAGUCCAGCCACUCUUACUUGGAAGAAUCAUAGCUUCCUAUGAUCCAGAUAAUACCGUGGAACGCUCUAUUGCCAUUUACCUAGGCAUAGGUUUAUGCCUUCUCUUUAUUGUGAGGACAUUACUCCUACAUCCAGCCAUUUUUGGGCUUCAUCACAUUGGAAUGCAAAUGAGAAUAGCUAUGUUCAGUUUAAUUUAUAAGAAGACUUUAAAACUAUCAAGUCGUGUUCUAGAUAAAAUAAGCAUUGGACAAUUAGUUAGUCUUCUUUCAAACAACCUCAACAAAUUUGAUGAAGGACUUGCACUUGCACAUUUUGUUUGGAUCGCUCCUUUACAAGUGACACUUCUGAUGGGGCUGCUUUGGGAGUUAUUACAGGCCUCUGCCUUCUGUGGACUUGCUUUAUUGAUAGUCCUUGCCCUUUUCCAGUCUGGCUUAGGAAGAAUGAUGAUGAAGUACAGGGAUAAGAGAUCUGGAAAGAUCAAUGAAAGACUUGUAAUCACCUCAGAAAUUAUUGAUAAUAUCCAGUCUGUUAAGGCAUACUGCUGGGAGGAAGCAAUGGAAAAAAUGAUUGAAAACCUCAGACAAGCAGAACUGAAACUGACCCGGAAGGCAGCCUAUGUGAGAUACUUCAAUAGCUCAGCUUUCUUCUUCUCAGGUUUUUUUGUGGUGUUUUUGUCUGUACUUCCCCAUGUAUUGCUCAAAGGUAUAAUUCUGCGAAAAAUAUUCACCACCAUCUCCUUCUGCAUUGUUCUGCGCAUGGCAGUCACAAGGCAGUUUCCUUGGGCUGUGCAAACAUGGUAUGACUCGCUUGGAGCCAUCAACAAAAUACAGGAUUUCUUACAAAAACAAGAGUAUAAGACAUUGGAGUAUAACUUAACAACCACAGAAAUGGAGAUGGAGAAUGCAACAGCUUACUGGGAAGAGGGACUUGGGGGAUUAUUGGAGAAAGCAAAAGAAAAUAAUAACAACAGAAGCAUUUCCAAUGGUGAUAAUAGCCUUAUCUACAGCAACUUCUCACUUCUUGGUGCUCCUGUCCUGAAGGAUAUAAAUUUUAAGCUAGAAAGAGGACAGAUGUUGGCAGUUGCUGGAUCUACUGGAGCAGGCAAGACCUCACUUCUAAUGAUGAUUAUGGGAGAAUUGGAGCCUUCAGAAGGUAAAAUUAAGCACAGCGGAAGAAUUUCAUUUUGCCCUCAGUUCUCUUGGAUCAUGCCUGGUACUAUAAAAGAAAAUAUCGUCUUUGGUGUUUCUUAUGAUGAAUACAGAUAUAGGAGUGUGAUCAAAGCAUGCCAACUAGAAGAGGACAUAUCCAAAUUUGCAGAAAAAGACAAUAUAAUUCUUGGAGAAGGUGGAAUCACUCUGAGUGGAGGUCAGCGAGCCAGAAUUUCUUUAGCAAGAGCAGUGUACAAAGAUGCUGAUUUAUACUUAUUGGAUUCUCCAUUUGGUUACCUAGAUGUCUUAACAGAAAAAGAAAUAUUUGAAAGCUGUGUCUGUAAAUUGAUGGCCAACAAAACUAGAAUUUUGGUCACUUCUAAAAUGGAGCAUUUAAAGAAAGCCGACAAAAUAUUAAUUUUACAUGAAGGGAGCAGCUAUUUUUAUGGAACAUUUUCUGAACUACAAAAUCUACGGCCAGACUUCAGCUCAAAGCUCAUGGGAUAUGAUUCUUUUGAUCAGUUUAGUGCAGAAAGAAGAAAUUCCAUCUUAACGGAGACUCUACGACGUUUCUCAGUGGAAGGAGAUGCUGCUAUCUCCCGGAAUGAAUCAAAAAAACAAUCGUUUAAACAGACGGGAGAGUUCAUUGAAAAAAGGAAGAACUCUAUUCUCAAUCCUAUCAACUCCACAAGAAAGUUUUCGAUUGCUCAAAAGAGUCCAGCACAAAUGAAUGGUAUUGACGAAGACUCUGAUGGGCCUUUAGAGAGAAGACUGUCUCUGGUUCCAGAUUCUGAGCAGGGGGAGGCUAUCCUUCCUCGAAGCAAUGUCUUCAACACUGGUCCCACAUUACAGGGGUGCAGGAGACAGUCUGUCCUGAACCUGAUGACACGUUCUUCGGUGAACCAAGGUCCAAGCAUUCACCGAAGGAUAGCUGCAUCUGCUAGAAAAAUGUCCGUGGCCCCUCAGGGGAACUUCACAGAAAGGGAUAUAUACUCAAGACGGCUAUCUCAAGACAGUGGUUUGGAAAUAAGUGAAGAAAUUAAUGAAGAAGACUUAAAGGAGUGUUUUUUUGAUGACGUGGACAACAUACCAGCAGUGACCACAUGGAACACAUACCUUCGAUAUGUUACUAUUCAUAAGAAUUUAAUUGUUGUGCUAAUUUGGUGUUUAGUUAUUUUUCUGGCUGAGGUUGCUUUGUCUCUGGUGGUGCUGUGGAUACUUGAAAAACAACCUGAAUUAGGCAAAGAGAAUGGAACUGAGCUUGCAAAUAGCACCUAUGGAGUUAUCGUCACCAACACCAGCUCAUUUUAUUUUUUUUACAUUUAUGUGGGAGUUGCUGACACUUUGCUUGCUCUGGGAAUUUUCAGAGGUUUGCCUCUGGUACACACUCUGAUCACAGUGUCGAAAAUUUUACACCACAAAAUGCUGCAUUCUAUUCUUCAUGCACCUAUGUCAACCCUCAACACACUGAAAGCAGGUGGGAUUCUUAAUAGAUUCUCCAAAGAUAUAGCAAUUUUGGAUGAUCUUCUGCCUCUUACCAUAUUUGACUUCAUUCAGUUGGUUUUAAUUGUGAUCGGCGCUGUGACAGUGGUCUCGAUUUUACAACCUUACAUCUUCCUAGCAACAGUGCCAGUGAUAGUUGCUUUUAUAUUAUUGAGAGCCUACUUCCUCCACACCUCACAACAGCUUAAGCAACUAGAGUCCGAAGGCAGGAGUCCAAUUUUCACUCAUCUUGUUACAAGCUUAAAAGGACUGUGGACACUUCGUGCUUUUGGGAGACAGCCUUACUUUGAAACUCUGUUCCAUAAGGCUCUGAAUUUACAUACUGCCAACUGGUUUUUAUACCUAUCAACCCUACGCUGGUUCCAAAUGAGGAUAGAAAUUAUUUUUGUCCUCUUCUUUAUUAUCGUUACCUUCAUUUCCAUUUUAACAACAGGUGAAGGAGAAGCAAGCAUUGGAAUUAUUCUAACUUUAGCCAUGAAUAUUAUGAAUACAUUGCAGUGGGCUGUAAAUUCCAGCAUAGAUGUGGAUAGCUUGAUGCGAUCUGUGAGCCGAAUCUUCAAAUUUAUUGAUAUGCCAAUGGAAGAAGGUAAGCCUACCAAGGCAAUCAAAACAUCUCAAAAUGGUCUACUCUCAGAAGUUACAAUUAUUGAGAAUCAACAUGCGAAGAAAGAUGACAUCUGGCCCUCUGGGGGAGAAAUGACCAUCAAAGACCUUACUGCAAAAUACAUAGAUGGAGGGAAUGCCAUAUUAGAGAAUAUUUCCUUCUCUAUAAGCCCUGGUCAGAGGGUGGGUCUUUUGGGAAGAACUGGGUCAGGAAAAAGUACUUUGUUAUCAGCUCUUUUGAGACUGCUGAAUACUGAAGGAGAAAUUGAAAUAGAUGGUGUGUCUUGGGAUUCCAUAACUUUACAACAGUGGAGAAAAGCCUUUGGAGUCAUACCACAGAAAGUAUUUAUAUUUAAUGGAACAUUUAGAAAAAAUCUGGAUCCCUAUGACCAGUGGAAUGAUCAAGAAAUAUGGAAAGUUACAGAAGAGGUUGGACUUAAGUCUGUGAUAGAACAGUUUCCCGGAAAACUUGAUUUUGUUCUUGUGGAUGGGGGUUAUGUCCUAAGCCAUGGUCACAAACAAUUGAUGUGCUUGGCCAGAUCUGUUCUCAGUAAAGCAAAAAUAUUGCUGCUUGAUGAACCCAGUGCUCAUUUGGAUCCAAUAACAUACCAAAUCAUUCGAAGAACCUUGAAACAAGCAUUUGCUGAUUGCACAGUAAUCCUCUGUGAGCACAGGAUAGAAGCAAUGUUGGAAUGCCAACGAUUUUUAGUCAUAGAGGAGAACAAAGUGCGGCAGUAUGAUUCUAUCCAGAAGCUGCUGAGUGAGAAGAGCCUCUUUCGACAGGCCAUCAGUUCCUCUGACAGAUUGAAGCUCUUUCCACACAGAAAUUCCAGCAAGUACAAAUCCCGAUCCAAGAUCACUUCCCUCAAGGAGGAGACGGAAGAAGAGGUACAAGAAACACGACUUUAA